AUGUCUUUUGUGAGUUGCAUUGUUUAUUGCUCCAACGUACGAUCACAGGUCACCACCGAGGGCGACGCCUUCCUGGUCGCCUUCCACGACCCCGUGGAUGCGGUUCGUUGGGCGCUGCUACUGCAGUCGGCACUGCUGAAAUUGGACUGGCCACCGCUACUGCUGGAACACCCGCUAUGCAGGCCGCGGCCGCUGGUGCCAGUAGCGGCAGCGCCGCCGACGGCGGCGCCGGCAGGAGGCGCCGGCGGUGCCGCAGCUUCCUCCUCUGCUCCGCUGUUGGUGCUGUUCAAGGGAUUGUCAGUGCGGAUGGGCAUCGCGACAGGUGUACCGUCAUCUGUACGGGAGCACCCUGUGACCCGGCGUAUGCAGUACACUGGUGCCGUACUGCGGCUGGCAACGGGCAUUGCGGAGCUUGGUUCGGGUGGUCAGAUUCUCGUGGAGCCGAUGACGUUCAAGGGCAUCCACAACAAGAUUGAGGAGCUGGACGUUGUGGAGGCCGAGGCCAUCCGCAUCAUCAUUGCCACUCUCGUGCUUCCCGCACCCACAAACCCUCCAUGCUCGAUCAAAUUUGACGGAUAUUUCACCAUGCUUGACGGAUACUUUGACUAUGUAUGGCGUGUUGCGGUGUUUCCUCUCUUCCGGACUUCUUUAUGUGCAGACAAAGCCAACUCCAAGACGAGCCACGUGUCUGGGACCCACUUGGCCGCCACCACCUUGGCCACAGAGGACGACCCCUUCACGAAUUGGACAGAUAGCUCCCGGCAGCUGCUAUCCGGCGGUGGAGUCCCCAACGAUGCUUCUUCCCAUCACCACCAAAACAGCCGUGUCCGACCAUCCCUCAGUCGCCACACCAGCAUAAGCUCCCGCCAGCAGCUGCCCCUUAAGAGUCUCUCUCGACUGUCCCUAGGACAGUCCGCCGGUGCCGGCUUGGCGGCGCAUGAUGCCGCCGCUGCCGGCGGCGGCGGCGGCGGCGGCGGCGGGCGCGGCCACAUGUUUCGUCGGGCCAGCUGGGCACGGUUGGCAGUGCCUACCGCCGCUGCAACCGCGGCAUCAGCUCUGCCAACACUGCCCCCUCGUAGUUUCGUGCAAACCGCCUUAGGCAGCUCUCUGCCUGCGCACCUCAGCCGCGCUGCAUACAUGCCGCACAUUCAGACGCCGCCGCAGCCGUCACUUUCUCAACAUGCUGCUGGCGGCGGCGGCGGCGGCCCGUCGCGCAAUUACCACCCGUCUAAGUUUCAUGUUGGCGCCGGGGUUUCAGAUGUCAACGGCAUCGUAAUUGGCGGCGGUGGAGGCGGCGGCGGCGGAUACCUUCCGAGCGUUUCGAAUUACGGCUCCUCCAUGUUUUUGACAUCGUUCGGUUCUCCUGCGACAGGGGCCCUUGCGGGUCCACAUGCACACGCGGCUGGCGGUGGGGGCAGUAUACCGCCGUUAGGUGUGCUGAGCUCCGCCAGGGGCUCAGGCGACUGGUUUGGCGUAAACCAUGCACUCCUGGGCUACGCAAGUAACAAUGGGACACCGACAGUACUGCAGUCGUUGUACGGCAGCAACACGUCACGUGCAUCCCGACCACUCACGCCCUUUGGUGCGACAGUGUGUGACUGGUGUGGUGGGAAACCUGACUUGGCGGCACUUCUGGGUAGCCGCGCGUCUGUGGAAUCCGUCUCGGCGGCGGCGGCGGCGGCGGCGGCGGCAGCGCCGCCGGGCGGAAGCUUUCUGGUUGGUAUGCCUUCAACGGCAUUAGUUUCACAGAUGGUGUCUCCGCCUCGCUCCAAUCUUCAAGGUCUUUUCCUGCGCACUAUCACCGCUGGCAUCAUCAGCGAGUCCGCCACCAACACUACGCCAUCCAACUCAGAUAAGCGCUCCAACGGCUUCGUUCUGCCUAAUGAUAUGGGCCAAGAACAAUGCUCGCACAACAGCACCGACCCUGCCGCCGCCGCCAACGCCGCCGCAACAACGCUGCCGGCACCGGAACCAGCGGCGCCGGCGCCACUUCCUGAGGCCACAAGUAAGGCCCUUGCUGGGUUCGCUGCUGCCGCCGCCGCCGCCGCCGUCGGCGGCGGCGGCGGCGGCAGUGGCGAAGCACUGCUGCACGCGCCAUUAGCUGCCUUCAUGGCUUCCAACACCUCCUCGGACAGGUUGGCUGUAGAGCUGGCGGCGGUGACGCUCCAGGGUGGCUUGUUCGGCGGCGGCGGUAUCUUGAACACCGCUGCCAUCGGCAGCGCCGCCAAUGCUGAAGGCCACCAAGCACGCAUCGGCGGCGAACCUGCAGGAAGCCGUCGGCUGGCAGGCAGUUCAAACGGCAUAGCGUUCUUUCAUGGAAGCUCCGGCGGAGUCGGGAGCUAUAACCUCUUUGACCGCCAAGGGAAGUUGCCGUCAGCGACUUAUAAUCUUCACGCCAGCCCGGGACCCAUCGCUGAGGCCACGGAGACGCCACCUUGCGUGCCGGCAUCGUACGGCGUCGUCGUCUCUACAGGCACCGCCUCCGCCAGCGCAUCGGCUGAAAACUAUGCUGACGAGGACGAGACUUUGCUCGACAUUCUGAUGAGUACGGCAGGUUCCAGCGCCCCAGGGCGCCACGUCAGCGUUAAGCAGGCGCCGCGCAUACUGCCGUACACUUCGUCAUCCUCGUCUUCGCGAUAUAUUGCAGCGGCGGCGCUGGCAGGGUCGGCGGGGAUGGCGACGGUGUCACUGCCGGAUGCCGGCGUGCAGCCACCGGCGGGGCAAGUCGGCGCAGGGGCAAGUCCGCUACCUGGCUUGGGACCACCGCCGUCGCCGGGCACAUCGCCAAUGCAGACCAUUGACUUCCAAUCCGUGGCUUCCUCACUCGCACCACGUCGGAUUGACGGCGGCGCCGCGGAUGCAGCAGUGAGCAUGUACGGGGACCCAGGCGGAUGCGGCGACGGCAGAGCCGCCGCUGGUACCGCCACCUCACACACCCGACGUGGCUGCACUGCCGCCGCUGCGGCGACCGCAACGGCGGGAUCCGAAAGUUUCAGUUUCGUGCCUGUCGUACAGAAACUUGCCGGCAGCCAUAAGGCCUAUCCGAUGGCUGUGAAGCACUGUGAGGACUUCAGCAUGGGGGUUGGUGUUGGCGGCGGCGGCUGGGACGGUGGCGGCGGACUUGCCACAUCGCUGGCGGCGCUCCCGCCUCAGCCUGCCGUACCACUAGGUCGGCCAUCGGCGCCGCGACAUGCCGCCGCGACCACCGUGCCUCGCGGGGUCCGCAAGUCUACCUCGUUCAUAAUGCCCGCGGCGGCGGCGGCGGCGGUCCCUCCAGUGACUUUGCCGACAUCGUACGUCGGCUCGUACUCCCGAACCGCCGCCAUUGCCGCCGCUGCCGCCGCCAGUGGCAGCGGCGGCGGCGGCCAGUCCCUUCCCCGCAACUUCGGUUGGCACACAUCCUACAUGGUACGGACACCAGCACAACAUGACACCACCAGCCCGCGCCAGCACCGCGAGCCGCAAGCAAUGGAUCCACGGCUGCCGGCACCACCUGCGCCGCCGCCAGUGCCGUGGACACUUGCAGCCACGACGGCGACGUCAUCAGCGGAGCCCAUGUACGGCAAUCUGCGGCACAGUACUAGCGAGCGGCGGCAGCAGCUGAGGCGCGUAGGGGAUGUGCCACCGUCGGCGUUAGGGCUGACAGCCGCACUCGGAGGUGGCCGGGCCGCCGACGGAGCCGCGGGCAUGUGUGCUGGCGGCGAGGCGGGAGGAGGGGCCGGCGGCGGCGGCGGCGGAAUGGGUGCUGCAAUGGAUUUCGCAACGCCGGCAUGGCCUUGCGACCUGACGAGCUCUGGGUCGCAGAGGCGUGAGCCCGACGUGAGCCUCCGUGCCGCCUUCCCUCACACCCAUGCUCACAUGCAACCAUACCCCCAACCUCAACCCGCUCAUCAUCGUCAUCACAACCACCUCUAUCAACAUCUUCAAGCCCACUUCCAAGCGCACCUGCCCGCCGCCACCAGUCCUCAUCGACUUGCGUCCUCCAACAUCGCCUCCGGGAACACCUCCCCCGUCGUGGCACCGCCGCCGCCGUCGUACUCCCGGAGCUCCGCUGGCAACAACGCUGACCACGACGGCCCUGGCGCCGCCGCUGGCGGCAGCGCUGGCGGCAGCCGAUCUCGAUCCGCGCCAGACGAUGCUAUCGCCGUUACGUCCACUGCUUCAGACGCAGCCACAGGCACAGGCGCAAUCGAGGAUUCGCCGGCAGCCAACGAGGGCAGGUUCAUGUCGUCACCACGGCCACCUGCAGUGCAAGCACGGUCGUUACAGCAGCACUGUAUGCUGCCGUCGGGCGGUUGUUCGUUGACCGGACUCUCGGCAGCACUCGCAGCGGCGGGCUGGAGUACGGAACUGGGAUCUGUGGCUGGGCGUCGUGUGGGUGGUCCGUUAGGUUCCGUCGCGGGGUCCAUUGCGAGUCGUGCAUAUGAGAGCGUGACGUUGGCGCUGCCGGCGGGGCCCGGCAGUACAACCGCUGGCUGCGGCAGUAGUGGCAUCGCCGGUGGCCUUGGCAUGACCGGAUGGCUGUCCGUCGCGCAGCUUGCAGGACAUCUGAUGCUGGGCUCAAUGAAGGGCCGCGGCGGCAGCGACGCUGGCUCCGCCGCGACGGAGGCGCACCUGCAAAGCGGCGUCGGUGUGGCGAUGGUUGCUACAGCCGCCAGCACGCCGGCGGAGGCCCCGGACGUGACGGGGCCGCCUGCGGCUACAGCUGCGGCGGCUUCGCUGCCGCCGCUGUUUGGCGGCUUCGCCGGUACAACUGCCAUCAGCGCGGCUGCCGCCGCCGCCGCCGCUGCCAAUGGCGGCGGUAGUGGCACUGCUUGUGGAGCAGGAGCACCAGGGGCUGCUGCAGCUGCAGCUUCAGCGGCAGCGGCAGCUGGUCCCGGUGGCGCUGGCCGCCAGGCAGGCCCUCCGCCACGGCCGCCACGUACGGCAGCGCAACCGGGGGUGAACGCCGCAAGCGCCAUUGGUAGCGGCUUCGCUGGCAUGAACCACUGGCGCUCCGCGCACGGCAACCAGAGCGCUGCAGAUCUUGAUGGGUUAGCGGGCAGUACUGCGGCCUGGGCUCAUCCUCGAGGGGGCGGUUUCGGAGCCGUUCCCACACAUGGGCCCCAUGUCUCCUACCCCGCCUCUGAUAUGGGUGGCGGCAUCAGUGGCGGCGGCACGGUCAAUCGCGGUGGCGGAGGCGGCGCCAGCAGCAGCCAUGCCUCACUGCCGCUCUUUUGGCAGGAGCCCCACGGCGGCGGCGGCGGCGGCGGCGGCGCGGCAUCGGGACCGUCACCGUUGCCGCCGCCGCCGCCUCCGGUGGCUGCGCCAGCGGCUUCUGCGUUGUUAUCACCGGUCCGAAACUCCCGGGAGGGGUUUAUGCUAAUGCUUCGGUCGGCGAUGGCGAUGGAGAUCACUGGCUCCUGUGCAAACAUGACGGCCAAGGAGGCGCGUGACCUUGCAAACAAUGAGGAUUUGCCGGAGGGAGGAGAGGAGGAGGCGGAAGGGGUAGAGACGGGAGAUGUCAGUGGGACACGGAGCCUCUCGACGUUGGAGCCCGUGUACGGCAAAGGGGAGGAAGACUCGGCCACCGUACAGCCGCACAGAGAAUCGGCCACGCAAGGAGGGAUAGGCACGCAUCCUGGUAAUGGGACGCUAAGGACAUUCGUACCCAUGUCGGGCCAGACGACCUCCCAGGAGCAUCCCACUGACAGCCACGGCGUGAGCAUCUUGGCUGCCGUACAACGUGUCAGCACCCGCCGGUUGUCGCAUGUACGGCGGCCCUCCAUUGUUGAGGGCCGCGCCAGCGGCGGCCUGAGCCUGUUCCGCCGACCCCGGUUGAUGCAGACCCAUGGGACGUCCGGGCAAAUGGCAUGGGAGCGUUCCGCGUCGGUUUCUUCCAGAAGGCUCCUCAGUGCAUCGUCCCUCGCAGAGCCGGAUGUACAACCACCUAGAUCUGAGGGCGCGGAGCCGUUGCCGUCGGGUGGAGACAACAACACCGCCCCGGCACCUACCGCGGUAUCGUCCACAUCCACAAUAGUGCUUGCGCCGGCGGCGGCAAGGGACACGGAUUCCGGUCCUAGGAUUCACGGUUCAGGUUCGAUUCGCGGCUCGGAGUUCGUUGGAGUUCAUGCACGGCGGCGAUCAGCGAUCGACGUCCCCACAUCAACAGCAGUGCCUUCGGAGCAGGAACCGUCCCAUCACCAGCCGGCACCACUUCACCAUGACCGCAGCUUCGCGGGUGUACGGCAACGGAACAUCGCCAGCCAUGCACUCUUAGUCAUCGACAUGGGUGUGCACCGUUUGCAGCUGCCGGCGCUGGGCCCGGCGUACGGUGAUGUGUACGACGGUGUUCAGGUGAUCCAGCUGCUUCCCGCACACCUCAAGCACCGAGCCGCCUACCACCCGCCACUCAAGUCACAGGCGCAGCUGGCGCCAGGGUUCUUUGAUGCACCAGGCGCAGCGCAGCCGCCCUCCUUCCCGAGGCUGUCGCUCAUGUUCAUACAGCCCGCCGGCUACUCCGCAGUCGCAAAUGCCAACCUCGAGGUCGCAGAGCGCAGCGGUGCUGUAUUUUGCGCCGCUGUACGGGAAUUGCUGCAGAUGUACGGCGUGUACGAGUGCCAGGAGUACGAAUGCACGUUUAUGGUGGCGUGCAACAACCCACGGAUGGCGGCGGAGGCGGGGCUGGCGCUGCAAGAGUGGCUACUCCAGGGGCUUCCGUGCCAAGGGGCUUCCGUGCCAAGGGGCUUCCGUGCCAAGGUGGGUAUCUUCACGGGCGUCCCCUUAUCCGUGGUUCCUCACGCCACCACGGGACGUGCAGACUACUUCGGCGCCAUAGUCAACCGGGCAGCAAGACUGAUGGCGGGGGCCAAGGCAGGACAGGUGUUGAUGGAUAAGACGGCGGCUUUGGAGGUGCUGCGGGAGUGGCGGCAGGCAGCUGCUGACGCGGCAGCCGCUGUGACGGCUGCAGCCGCAAGUACUUUGGCCGCCACCGCACCAGCACUCGCCGCCGUAAACUCCGUACCAACACUAGCAGGUGGCCGAACGGCGUCGGGGUCGUCUCUGCCUGUGGCCCGGGUAGCCCAGCAGACGGCGAUGGAGCCAGGGCCUGUUCUUGGGCCUUCUUUGGGGCCUGUUCUUGGGCCUUCUUUGGGGCCUGUUCUUGGGCCUGCUGGGCCUUUGUCACCACUCCGCACGACUUUGGGCACAACGACUAGGCCCACAGCCGCCGCUGCCACCAGCAGUAUCGGCUGCGGUAACAGCGAUGGUGAAUGCGGUGGCUUGGCAUAUGAGCGCUACCUGUCAGCGCUGGCGGCAGGUGCAUUGGCGACGACGGCACGUGCCAUGGUGUCACUGUCCGUGGUACAAGUUGUGGAUUUGGGUAUUUUUCAGCUGAAAGGGCUUCCAGAGGGCCAGGCCGUGGUUUCGGUGCAACUCAAGGCAACGAGCAGCUCGCCAGCUGCUACAGCAGCCGCGCCGACAUCUGCUUCUGCCAUUGCUGCUGGCGGAGGUGGAACGGCAGGAAGGGGGGUGGUGGAGGGAGAGGCGGCGGCAGGUGACGGGGCAGGAGCAGGAGAAGGAUUCACGGGAGGUGAAAGGACGACAGAGACGUGUGGUAACAGGGGUGGUGGUGCUGCUGCGGGCUUGGGCAAGAAAGCGGUGUUGCUUGCUGCCGGCCAAGGGCUGUUGGAUGAGGUUCUGGUGGCGCUUCCCGCAUUCCUGCCCCUGGGCAGCUGUGCAGUGGUUUAA